UUUCCAGUAUUAUCAUAAUCCCAGUUUCAGUUAUCACAGUGUGUUACAUCAUAAUAAUCAUUACGAUACGACGUCGAGAAAAGAAUGGAUUUAUGCAACAAAAAGACAAGGAUUCACAUAAAGCCUGUCGUACCGAUGCUAGAGAUACAAGCAUAUCAAAGGCAAAGAUUAGGAGCAUUCAACUAUUGUUCGUUGUGGUGUUUGCAUACAUCACUUGUUGGGCUCCGGUUACUGUUGCCGGUAUUUUGUUACAUCAUGAAAUUGCAGAAAAAGGACUUUGGAAUCAGGUACUCUUCCUGCUUGCACCAUUAAACAGUCUUGCCAACCCGUUAGUGUUUCUCAUUUUCAAUAAGAAAAUGUUUCUUUCGAAAACGAAAAAAACAAAAACAAAAGUAAUGAAUGGAAUGGCCUUAGAAUGAUUAACCAAUAACGGCAGAAAUGAAGCUAGUGUUUUGUUAUGUCCAGUAAACGACAAACAUGGAUCCUGGUUGUUUCCAGUAGCAACGUUAGUGCUUUUAUCUCAUUACAGUCAAAGUUUUGUUUAGAUUAGUUUGUGAAAAGUA